GACAUUUAUUUUUCUAGUAACAGUCGCAACUGUUUUGCGUUUUAAUUAUUAUAUCAAGAACUAAAUGGGUGUAGUUUCAUUGCAGUUAAUAAGAAUAAAAUCAAGGAAAACAGUAAUAUAAGCAAUCAAAUUACGUUUUAAUGAAACUGUUUUGUAUUGAAUUUAGUUUAGCCCGCUCGUCUUAAAAUGGCAGGCAAUUUUUGGCAAAGUUCGCACCAUCAACAGUGGAUACUUGAUAAACAAGAUUUGAUAAGAGAUCGGCAACAUGAUCUUGCUAUAUUGACGGAAGAAGAGUAUCAGAAGAUAUUUAAUUUUUUCGCUAGCAUAAUACAAAUCCUCGGAGAGCAAUUGAAGCUUCGUCAACAGGUGAUCGCCACGGCGACAGUGUAUUUCAAGAGGUUUUACGCCAAGAAUUCUCUUAAAUGUAUUGAUCCUUUGCUAUUAGCCCCAACAUGUGUAUUCUUAGCGUCAAAAGUAGAAGAGUUUGGCGUUAUAUCGAACUCUCGUCUUAUCACCACUUGCCAAACUGUAAUUAAAAACAAGUUCAACUAUGCAUACGGCCAGCAGGAAUUCCCGUACAGGACAAAUCACAUUCUGGAAUGUGAAUUCUAUUUAUUGGAGAAUCUGGAUUGCUGCCUUAUAGUCUAUCAACCAUACAGGCCAUUGCUGCUUUUUGUCCAAGAUAUAGGACAAGAUGAUCAACUGCUUACUUAUGCUUGGCGUGUAGUUAACGAUUCACUCAGAACGGACGUGAGCUUGCUUUACCCGCCAUACCAGAUUGCAAUUGCAGCCCUUCAUAUUGCCUGCGUAAUGUUGGGAAAAGAGAACCUCAAACCUUGGUUUGCAGAGUUGAAUGUUGACUUGGAUAAGAUUCAGGAAAUCGUCAGGUCCAUUAUCAAUUUGUAUGAAAUGUGGAAAAGCUAUGAUGAAAAAAAGGAGAUCCAGAGUUUACUUGGAAAGAUGCCUAAACCCAAGCCGGCUCCACAGAGAUAAUAUCUACAAUAGAUACAACCAUAGUUUAUAUCAUGAGACUUUAGAUCCACUGAUGAAAGAAACCACCAAACCAGAAAAAAGUGAAUUGGUGAAAUAAUACUUUGAAUGAAAUGAAAUGAACACUUUAGUGAUGCACAGUAUUUGAUCAGUGAUGGCAUAGUUAUUUGGUUUGUAGGAAAAAAUCAUGUUAUUCCCAGCUGUUACCAUUUGAUUUUUUUCCCAGUUAUUUGGUGAGUGGUUACAGAUGAGCAUUGAAAUUACCAGUUUAACAUGUGGGAAUGAAUUGUUGGUAACAGGCAGGAAUAACCGAAAACUUGAUAUAAAUAACUUUCACACUAAAUAACAUUUUUUCAGGAGAUGUAGGGUACUUACUUAGGUUAAGUUCUUGCCUGGAUCAAACUAAACAUUGGGAAAAGAUGCAUGCUUCGUCUAUGUUUAGCAGCAGUUACAUUUGUGGAUAGUUCAAUUGAGAUGAGGUAGGUAUGUUUGAGCUGAAUUUUGGUAUUUACAAUUUGAUUUUCCAUUAGAGGAAUUCUGUGAGGCUAUUAAUAAAGAAAACUUGUAACAUUAUGAGUAAUAAUUGAUUACUACAUAUGUAUAUACAACAUGGUCAUGAGGAACCUGAAAGAUUUUAAUCAUGUAUUCCUGAUCAUAUUUAAAGACUAUAAUGUCCUGUAAACUAUUCUGGGAUUCUCCUAGUCUCAGAGUUCAUUCCAAAAAAAACUAUCUUUAAUUAAGAGCCCAUCAACGUGCACACUAGCGCCGCUGCUGAAUAAUCGUGAUUAUUUUAAUUUAACGACAGGUGUUUAAAAAAGGGGGCCGCUACGUACUGUAUUGUGUAUUUCAGUACCUUUUGAAUACAUCAAACUAGUUUCUAUGUUGCUGGAUUCGUCGAACUAGGACCUCCAAAACAAAAACGGCCGUUUUAACUUUGGACGCAUAGAUUGACGAAUCCAGCAACAUAAAAACUAGUUUGAUGUAUGCAAAAGGUACUAAAAUACAAAAUACGGUACGUAGCGGCGCCCUUUUUUAAAUACCUGUCGUUAAAUUUAAAUAAUCACGAAUAAUUAGCAGUGGCGCUAGUGUGCAUGUUGAAGGGCUCUUAACUUAGUCCAAAAGUUGUCCAAAUGAUGGCGAUGUUGACACAAAUAUCCUUAUAGACAGAUAUCAAAAUGUGACAAGUAACACUUUCCAAAAACUAGGUUUUACGAAAAAAAUUGCAAUUUAAUUGGGUAGGUAUUUUCCUCUACUUAAAAUAAAUUAUAAACAUUCUAAUUACGCUUUUAUUACAAUAAACAAAAAAUUGUGCCUUGGAUAAUAAAAAUUGGGUUCCUCAUGAGCAUGUUGUAUGGUUAAUUUAUGUUUGCAUAAAGUUUGUUUCUUAGAAGAUUAUAUCAAUAACUACAAAUCAACAUGUCAUUGUGAAUAUUGCACAUUAAAGCAAUCUGGAAGCAUAUUUUGUUUUCUUUGGAAGGCAGAAAUUUAAAUUUCUUUAUAUACAUAUUAUAUUAUUUUAAAUAUGAAAUCCAUUGUAUAUUGCAUGAACUACUUACUGAAAUAAUCAUAUAUAGAAUAGGUACUGCUAUAUAAUACUUGAAAUAAAUAUCUAACUUGAUAUAUAAAUUUAAUCAAUGGGCUUUUAUCAAAAAUAAUUUAACAGUGUUAAUAUUUGUGUUAAUCUAGAAUCCAUUGAUAUAACAAUUGCACUUGGAUUAUAAUGAUCAAUAUAUUAUAUUUUUACAUUUAAAUUUAGGUAUUUAUUGCACGAUUUUUUUGUGAAGUAACCUGCCACAUUUUAAUAUGAUUUAAUAGACCUCUCAAAAGUUUUUUAGCAGCCAAACAUUUUCCACUGGGAAUUGGAGUGCAUAAUAUUAUAAUUAGUAUUAGUAGGUAGUUUAAAUUUAGUAAUUAUUAAGAUAUCCAAUCAAGUUGUAUUGUUUAAUUUAAUCAAUUGAUAAGUGGAGCGAGUGUAAAAUUAUAAAUACUUUUGAAAUUAUAAAAUUUCUUCUCUGGUUAAAAUGGAGUAUAGACACAUAAAUCACCACUAUAGUUUGUUUUUUUAGAAUUAGAAAAAAGGUAAGCAAUCUUGACGUGUCCAAUAGUUCCUGGUUUUUAAAAAGCGUUUUUCAAUUAAAAGACACGUCAAGAUCGCGUAGUCUUUUUCUAAUGCUAUAAAAUCAUAUAGCAUUAGAAAAAGACUACGCGCGCGACUUCAA